CCUGUCAACGACACUCAAAUGAGUCUCCUCCCUCCAUCUCACUCGCCAGUAUUCCUCCCGGAUGAACUGAUUGCCGAAGUGCUAUCAUGGAUUGCCGUAAAGCCACUGCUGCGACUGAGGUGUGUCUCAAAGUCAUGGAAGUCUCUCAUCUCCGAUCCCACCUUCGUCAAAUUACACCUUCAUCGAUCUUCACAAAAUUCAGAUUCCAAGUUUGUAUAUACUCAUGAUGUAUAUAACACAGGUCACAGAUCCGUAUCCUUUACCAUAACUAGUUUAUUCGAAAACCCUCUGAUCAACUUUCCCAAUGAUACUUACGAUUUGAAUGACAAGGACUUCCACCAUGUUGUUGGUUCCUGCAAUGGAUUGUUAUGUUUGUUUGGCUCUUCACGCGUCAAUGGGAAUAUUGAGAAGUGGUUUCGCUUCUGGAACCCAGCCACAUGGGCAAUAUCACCUAGAUUAGGUUCUUUUUGUGAUGACGAUCCUGGCAUCCCUUUUAAUUUUACUUUUGGUUGUGAUAAAUCAAACAACACAUAUAAGGUGGUGGCCUUUAAGAGCACAAAGGUAAGAGUUUUCAGCUUGCAAGAUAAUACUUGGAGAAAUAUUCAAAAUCCUCCAGAGGUUAGUUACUGCUCGAUGAAGGCCGUGUAUCUGAGUGGUACUGUUAAUUGGUUGACAGUUUGAAAUGAAUAUGGUCAUAUUCACAAGUAUACUAAUACCAAGAAGCCAUCCAUGAUUAUUUCACUUGAUUUGGACACUGAGACACUUACUCAAUGGUCAACUCCUCAGAAUUUCCAAGAAAUUCGAUUUGUUAUACCAAAUUUAAGUGUCUUAAAGGAUUGUCUUUGUUUUUCUUAUGAUUUUGAAGAAACCCAAUUGAUUAUAUGGCAAAUGAAGGAAUUUGGGAUGGAAGAAUCUUGGACUCAAUUCCUUAAAAUUAGUUACGGGAAUCUUCAAUUUGAAUAUCCAUGUCCUGAUUUGUUGCCAUUAUGUCUUUGGGAGAAAACGAUACACUAUUAUUAGCUGAGAAACAUCAAAGAGCAACAUUCAUCUAUAACUGGAGAGAUAAAAGUCUAGAGAAAAUCUUUAGCCUUUGGUGGUGCACUUGUGCCAAUCAUGUUGAAAGUUUGGUAGGCUAUUGUUGAAAGUAAGUUCUUCUACCACAAUUUACUUGUCUCAAAUUGAUUUACUUGUGUGAACAUUUUCUAAUGAAGGUUUUGACUGUAUUGUCGAGGAACUGUGUAUAAUAGUUCGACGACUUUUGAAUCAUUUGACAGUUUAUUUAUAGAUCUGUUCAGAUGUGUUCAACUGGUUCUUGAUUCAUUUUGGAUUCAUGCUAUGUAUGGAGAAAAGACAACUUCAACAUGGACCUAAUGCACAUCUGAUGCUUCUCUGCCAACUUAUCAAGGCAUUUCGUCCGCAAAUCGUCACGUUUAUGUGUUUGUUUUAUCAUGAUGACCUUGAAACAAAAGUCAUUUACAAUUCAUAUAGAAGUAAUGGCUCUCUAAUUUCAGUUCUCCUUGCAUUUCCACAACAGCCUAUGUUUUGCCACUGUUUUGUUUUCGUAUUUGGUUCACAUUAUGAUAUUUAGUUGAUUUUCAUGGAAAGUUAAAUAUAUAUGCUUUCAUUUGCAAAAACUAAAACUUUGACAAAGGUUUUGAAAUGGUUUUCUUCCAAAAGAAAAAAAAUGCAGAAGUGAUUGGUAUACACAUGAUAAAAAAAACUGUCUCUAGACAUAUUCAUUAUCUAUGUGUAUGAUUUCUUUACACGUGAGGUGCUAGUUUAAUAUUUUUUUUUUUUAUUUCUAUAAAUUUAUAAUUAAUUUUAUAAAUUUUCUCUUUUCAAAUUUAAUGAAAGAAAAGUGUCUGGUUUGCUCAUAGAGUUGACAUAAUCUGGGGUACAAUGAGCUGAAAAACCAGGAAGUGUCAGUCCUAUCAUCCUUCCGAAUACUCUGCUCCUUCAACGUAACCCUUUGUCAAGCAUCGAACUAACUCCCACACAGCAUUCAAAUAUUGUGAUAAUAUGAGCCUCAUUCCCAAAGAAAUUCCUAUUUCGCGCAUCCUUCACAUCCUUUGAUGAUGAUAAAAUAUCAAAAAUAAUAAAAGUAAAUAUAUUGAACAGAAUAAAUA